AGAAAAGAUAUCUUGAUAGAAUGCACUAUGAAAACUAUAAUGAACUUCGACGCGCUGCUGAAGUGCACAGACAGGUAAGAAAAUAUGCUCAAAAAACUAUUAAGCCGGGUAUGACAAUGAUUGAGAUUUGCGAGUCAAUUGAGAACGGAACUCGUACAUUGAUAGAGGAGAAUGGUUUAGAAGCUGGUAUCGGCUUUCCAACUGGAUGUUCACUGAAUCACUGCGCGGCUCAUUACACACCGAAUUCGGGUGAUAAAACUGUCCUCCAAUAUGAUGAUGUUUUUUACGAUAAGCUUAAGGAAGCAGUCAAAGAUGCAACAAAUACCGGAAUUCGAGAAGCCGGCAUCGACGUAAGAUUAUGUGAUAUUGGAGCUGCUAUUCAAGAAGUCAUGGAAAGCUAUGAGGUAGAAAUCAAUGGAAAGACUCAUCAAGUUAAACCAAUUCGUAAUCUGAAUGGCCACUCUAUACGUCCAUAUCAGAUUCACGCAGGAAAAUCUGUGCCAAUUGUGAAAGGGGGUGAUCAAACUAAAAUGGAGGAGGGAGAAAGUUUUGCUAUCGAGACCUUUGGUAGUACUGGAAAAGGUUAUGUUCAUGAAGAUGGUGAAUGCAGUCAUUACGCGAAACGGCAUGAUAUUGGGCACGUUCCUCUACGAGUUACCAAGGCGAAAUCUUUGUUAAAUAGUAUUAACAAACAUUUUGGUACAUUGCCGUUUUGUCGCCGUUACCUUGAUCGCGUUGGUGAAACAAAAUACAUACUUGCGUUGAAGAAUUUAGUUGAUUCUGGAAUUGUGGAAUCCUAUCCACCAUUGGUUGAUAUUAAGGGAUCAUAUACAGCACAAUUUGAACAUACCUUAAUUUUGAGACCUACUUGCAAAGAAGACAUGAAAUGA